AUGACGAUGACGACUGAUAGCAGCGGUACGCCGCCGAAUGAGUCGGAAAAGCCUACCGCUGUUGAUAUUGAGAAUGUUGCUUCCUUGAAGCAGUCGCCCACGUCUGGCCUUGAUGCUGAGCGCAAUGCGCUUCUAGCAACGCUGCCUGAUCCUGAUGAAGGAAAGACUGAAGAGGAGCGUCGCGCAAUUGACAAGAAGCUGAUGUGGAAAGUCGACAUCUGGCUCAUUCCAUGGCUGUCCCUUCUUUACCUCCUCUCUUUCCUGGACCGAACAAACAUUGGCAAUGCUCGUCUCGCAGGCAUGGAAGACGACCUGGGCAUGGGACCUGGCGACUAUAACGUGGCCCUCACCAUCUUCUUCGUCAGUUAUGCUUUCUUCGAGCCCAUCACAAAUGGUCUUCUCAAGCGCUUGACUCCACGCAUUUUCUUCACUGGAAUCAUCAUCGCAUGGGGAGCCGUCAUGACCCUCAUGGGACUAUGCCACAACUACCCAGGUCUCCUCGCCGCACGCUUCUUCCUCGGUGUUGCCGAAGCUGGUCUCUAUCCCGGCGUCAACUACUAUCUCGGCUGCUGGUACAAGUCCUCUGAGAUCGGUGCGCGAGCUGCCAUCUUCUUCUCUGCUGCCGCUCUCGCAGGUUCAUUCGGUGGUCUUCUGGCUGCUGCAAUUGCCCAAAUGCACGAUGUAGGCGGUCGCCCAGGCUGGGCAUGGAUUUUCAUCCUCGAAGGUCUCGCCACAGUCGCCGUUGGGGCCUUUUGCUGGUGGAUGGUCUUUGAUUGGCCCGACACCGCCCGUUUCCUCACUCCAGAGGAGCGCAUUCGUGUUCAGCGCCGCCUCAUCAUGGAUCGACAGGGGAAGACGGCUGAGGACUUCGAUAAACGCCACAUUUGGGCUGCGCUCAAGGAUUGGAAGACCUAUGGGUACAUGGUUAUCUACAUGGGCUGCUUGAUGCCUUUGUACGCUUUCUCGCUUUUCCUACCCACCAUUCUGCGAGGUAUGGGUCACGUGGGUACCAAGGCGCAGUUGCUUUCGGUUCCGCCAUACGCUUGUGCUGCUGCUGCCACUGUUGUUGUAGGUUUUGUGGGAGAUCGUACCAAGUGGAGAGGUUACUGUAACAUUGUUACUGUUCUUGUUGGCAUUAUCGGCUUCGCCAUGCUGUUGGGUUCUGCCGAUCCUCAUGUUCAGUACGGCGCUGUCUUCCUUGGCGCAAUGGGCAUCUAUCCCACUGUCUCCAACACGGUAUCAUGGGUAAACAACAACAUCGAAGGUUCACUGAAACGUGCUAUCGUUCUUGGAAUGGUCGUUGGUUGGGGUAAUAUGAAUGGUGUUGUCUCAUCCAACAUCUAUCGUGAGACCCAGAAGCCUCGCUACUUCACCGGCCACGGCAUGGUACUAGCCUAUCAGAUCGUCUUCCUCCUAGGUGGCUCCAUCUUCAUGCACUUCGCACUACGCAUGGAAAACCGUCGUCGUGCGAGAGGAUCCUUAGAUGCCAAGUACGCUGCCAUGACAGACGAGCAGAAGUGGAUCAGUGGUGAUGUUCGACCAGAUUUCAGAUAUACUUUGUAA